CACCUCCUAUUUAUUUCCAUGCAAAGAACAGAUACGAAGAGCAGAAGAACACUAUGCAGGGCGGAAGUGUCAGUGCAGCAACUCGGGGGCCUCGCGGGGCUCCCCCGCCCAUUUUGGGCCAAGAUUUGGGGGGCCUGUGAGGUGGGCGGGUCCCCACAGCCCUCUGUGACACGUCAUGGCAUUACAAUGGAGCUCAGCUCUGAGUCCCUCUCCCCAGCGUCCCCUGGCCACAUUUCCCAGCGAGGCCUGGGAGGUGCCAGGGCUGUUCUUGCCAGUGCUGCUCUGCUCUGCUGGCGCUGCUCGGCCGGCAGGAGAAGGCCAGGGGAACCUGUGAGAGAGAGUGAGACGCUGCUUGCCAGGGGGCAAGGAGCAGGAGCAAGGGAGUGAGCACCGCUUCUCCAACUGCUGCACAGCAUGGCGACUGGGGUGUUCUCUUACCUGCUCUUCGAACCCUUGGAUCCCAAGGAGCUUUCCUUACUGAAGGACCUCACCACUGCAGAAAUCUGCAAAGUGUGGAAGGCCACAUCCAACUAUGUUCGGAGAGAGCUGCUGGAGAAGAGGGCGGUGGAUAUUGGAAUUGGGAGCUUUGCAGUUGUGCCAGCUCAUGCUGCCGCCGGAGAGGAUGGGGUUCUGGAUGUGGACAGACCCGUUUUCCAGCUGAACCGCCACAUCCAGCAGUUUUACAAACUCAAAGAGCCUAAGAUCAAAAUUCCUUAUGAGAUAUUCGAGUAUCCGUUGGACUUCCAGGAGAUUGCUGAAAGCAUUUACUUCCGCCUGCCCAUUGUAGAGCAGUGCAUCCAUGAGACCCUGCUCUUCUUUGCUGAGACCCUCCGAGGAAAGAAAGAAGUUGACUUCUUCUUCAGCAAACUUGGCAUUCUUUCUCUGAGAGGGCAGAAGGUCAUCAUGAACUUCUUUGAUGACUGCGUACUGCAGGUGGAUGCAACGGGCAACAUGCUGCCCGCUCUUCUUGGGGUGAGCUUGCACGCCUCCAGGGCUCCCUGCAGCACUCUCAAAUGA